GACGACAGAGGGAUGGAAAAUGUGGUGGCGUGCCUGCCCUGGCUGCCCCACGCGCGCCUGCAGCUGUCCUCCGCUCUCGCCCAGGCGGGCCGCCUGGACGAGGCUGCUGCCGUGCUGCAGGGGCCCACGGAGGGGGCAGAGGACGGCCCACAGGAGGGGACGCAGCAGCGGACUGAGGGGCGGCAGAGGGGACCCAAGGCAGCGCAGCAGGGAGGAGAGGAAGGGGAGAAGGGCAAGGGGAAGGAGGUGCUGGUGCAGGGCGACGCGCAAGAGGGGGCUUCGACUGCCACUGCCAGCUUUGCUGGUGCUGCAGCUGCGGGGCCCGUGGGGGGCCGGCAGGCGGAGGCGUGGUGGAAGCUGGUGGAGGUGCGACUGGCGCGGGCGCACCUGUGGGACAAGGCCGACAACGCCAGCAAGUUCCUGGAAGUUGCGCUGCCCAUGGUGCAGCAGUCGAUGUGGGCCAUGGACAAGAACCAGCGGGCCCUGUCAGCCUUUAAGGCAGCUCACCCGUCGUGGCGGCCGUGGAUGCGGCAGCUGAAGGCGAUGCUGGGCGAGCAGGCGCGCGAGGGCAAGGAGGGGCUGUACCGCGGGCUCAAGCUGCGCCUGCCCCGGGGGAUCGCGUGGUUGCCAGCUGGCGAAUCGCCGACGACUGGCACGGCUGGCAGCAGAAGAGGCGGAGAGGCAGGCAGCCAUGGGGGGGCGAGGGGCGCAGGGGAGGGAGAUGGGGGAACGGGAGGAGAGGGGGGAGGAACAGCUAUGCCAUGUGGCAGCGGUCGAAGGGGGAUUGGCACGGACUCGGUGCGGCUGCAGCUGGAGCUGAGCGACCUGGGGCUGCCGGACGUGGAGGAGCCCCGCCUGCACGAGGUGCCACUUCCUGGAAUAUUCUCAGACGACCAGCAGUUCCACGUGCUGCUCAAGGUGGUGCAGUGCCUGCUGCACGACGGCCGCCCCAUGGACGCUGAGAGGCUCGUGGAGAGCGCGCUUUCCCGGAACCUUCCCAAGCCCAUGCGGAAGCAGCUGCAGUCAGCCAUCGGUGAGGAGGCGAGUGGCAUGCUGCAGUUUGAGGUGGCGCGCGCCAUCAUCAGCGAGCAGCCGCACAGCAUCCGCGGCUGGACGCUCUUCCACACCCUCACCCUCAGGGGCAUCGAGAGCAACGACCGGCGCGCCAAGUUCCUGCAGCAGAUGCGCAUGCGCCACCCCAUGUGCGUGGCGGCGCUGCUGGUGUCGGGGCACCACCACGCGCUGAGCGGGCAGAUGCAGGGCGCGUGCCGGGAGUACCUGCGCGCACACCGCCUGCAGCCAAACGACCCGCUCAUCUGCCUCUGCUGCGGAGUGGCGCUUCUGAAUCUCUCCCUGGGCUCGCGCCUUCGUGACCGAAGCCAGUGUGUGCUGCAAGGCAUUGCCUUGCUGCACCAGUACGCCCAGCUCUCAGGAGACACAGAGGAAGUGCACUUCAACAUGGCUCGUGCUUUCCACCACGUGGGUCUCCUCCACCUCGCUGUUGACCACUACAAGGUAGUACUUGCCGCCACUCGCCACCCACACAAUGCCAGUGCUGAGCAACAAGGUGGGAGGAUCCACAGAACAAGGGUCAAUGAUCAGGAAGUAAUGCAGCAAGAUUAUGACACAGGAUUGAAAAGAGAAGCAGCCCAUAACUUGGUUGCUAUCUACAGAAAUAGUGGAGCAGAUGCAUUAGCUCGACAAGUCAUGAGUAGCUAUUUGACCAUAUAAACGCCGUGUAGUGCGUGGUAUCAGACAUCGGUGGAGUCAUCCUGCGUUUAACGAGGCCUUCAUGAAAGAACAAUGACGUGUGACGGAAACGU